AUUUAGUAAUAAUAAAAUAAAAUAAAAGCAGCAUUUGCAUUGCAGUGAAAGAAAGAAAGCAAAGGAGAAAUGAAAAAGCAAAAUGAAGAGCGAGUUGUUAUCUUAGGAGGCGGUGUUGCCGGUUCUCUCAUCGCUAAAUCUCUUCAAUUUAAUGCACAUGUCACCCUCGUUGAUCCGAAGGAAUAUUUUGAGAUUUCAUGGGCAAGUUUGAGGGCAAUGGUGGAGCCAUCCUUUGCAGAAAGGACAGUGAUAAAUCAUAGAGAUUACUUCACAAAAGGUGACCUUGUUACAUCCAACGCUGUCAGUGUGACGGAAACCGAAGUGUUGACUGCAGAUGGUCAUCGGAUUGAGUAUGACUAUCUUGUUAUUGCCACUGGUCAUGCGGAUCCUGUACCCAAACUUAGGAGCGAAAGACUUCAUCAAUAUACAGAAGAAAAUGAAAAGAUAAAAUCUGCUCAUUCCAUUCUGAUUGUUGGAGGUGGUCCUACUGGUGUGGAACUUGCUGGAGAGAUAGCCGUUGAUUUUCCGGAUAAGAAGAUUACUCUAGUGCACAAAGGACCAAGGUUGUUGGAAUUCAUAGGGGCAAAAGCUGCUGAUAAGACUCUAAAAUGGUUGAAAUCUAAGAAGGUUGAGGUGAAACUAGAACAAGCAGUUGACUUAAACAGUACCACAGACGGAGACCGCACGAUAUAUCAAACUUCAGUUGGGGAGACCAUUGAAGCAGAUUGUCAUUUCUUAUGCACGGGAAAGCCACUUGCUUCGACAUGGCUUAAGGAAACUGUGUUGAAAAAUGACUUGGACGUUCAGGGAAGGAUUAAGGUAGAUGAAAACUUGAGAGUCAAGGGCCGGAGCAACAUUUUCGCAAUUGGAGAUAUUACAGAUAUUUCAGAACUCAAGCAAGGGUUUUUGGCACAAAAGCAGGCGGGAGUGGUCGCAAAGAACUUGCGGCAGAUGAUGGAGGGAGGUAAAGAAUGUUGGAGGGAAACUUACAAACCACAUCCAGUAAUGGCAAUAGUUUCACUAGGGAGGAAUGAUGCAGUGGCACAGUUCCCAUUCCUAACAAUCAGUGGAAGAAUACCUGGCUUCAUCAAAUCUAGAGAUUUGUUUGUUGGUAAAACAAGAAAACAAAUGGGACUCAACCCUCAUAUUGUAUAAGCUUGACAUGAUAUUAUUUAUGCAAUGUGAUAAUGAAUCAAUCUGUUUCAUAGUUUCUGUAAUAUUGUACUCUCACAUUUCCUUUUUAAAUGUUGUUUUAGGUUUCUGCAUA